AUGGCUGCAGUAAAUGACGUAGUUGACGAUUGGUCUGAAUGGCUAAAUGACGAUGAGGACGAAAAGAGAGAAGACUUCAAUUCAUCAACUAGGAAUGCAAAUGAUGAAAUACAAAAAAAAAUAUUAGAAAGUAAUAUGGACGAUAUAGCCGAUUUUUUAGAUAUUAGUGAUAAUCCAAAUAAAAAUAAAAAAACAACUAAAGAUACUGAAAAUAAAAAUUCGAAUAAAAAUAAAGCACAAGAAAAAAUUGUAACACUUGAAAGUACACCAUUAAAUUCAAUAAAAGAUUGUGAACAUUUAGGAGAAAUAUUAGCAUUCCGAAUUAAAAAAAGUAACGCAAAAAGUGUUGCUAUUGAAAGGUUUAUAUCAAUUAUUUUACAAGCUAGUGAAGAAAAAUUAGGAAAUAAAGAACUAAUAAGUCUAAAUAGAAAAAUUCAAGAUAUGAUUGAUAAAAGAGAAAAAAAACAAAGAGAAGCCCUUGUAAAUAAAAAAAAACCAAAUGAAGUUAAAAAUUCAAUUAAAAAUUAUAAAGAUGAAGUUGAUAUGAUAUAUGGCGAUCUUUCUUAUGAUGAAGACGAUUAUGAUGAUGCUGAUGAUUAUCUUGAAGACUUUUAA